CGUUACCUCGAAGAUGAGGUCCUAGGUCAAGGUGAAUUCGGAGUCGUAAAACUUGUACAUGACAUGUUGAAACGAGAUGAUGCAUCCAGUGCAGUACCGCUGGCUUGUAAAGUUCUUCGCAAAGGAGCUGUGUUCAAGGACAAUACACUCUACAGCCCAGUCAAGCCAGAAAUUUUGAGAGGCGAAAUCGAAAUUUUACGAGCGUUGGCUGGUGUAAGGUAUUGCCUUAAACUGGAGUCGGUGUACGAAACGCCCAAAGUGUUGUACAUGGUAACUGAAUUUUGUGGUGGCGGCGAAAUGAUGGAAUACGUAGGUAAUCAAAAGGAAGAUUUGCGAACCGAGGACGUAUCGCGGAUUGCCUUUCAGUUACUCUCAGCAUUGGAUCACUGUACAAAACAUAAUGUCAUUCACCGCGAUAUCAAACCUGAAAAUGUCAUGUUUCAGGACACGGCACCACAGGCGGACUUACGAUUGAUUGAUUUUGGUUCCGGAACGAUGGAUUCGCCUGAACGAGUGGAGCGUCACACGACAUUUGCCGGUUCGGCCUUUUACAUUUCGCCCGAAAUGUUUCAACGUACGUACACGGCGAAAACGGACGUUUGGUCGGCAGGGGCUACAUUUUACGUCCUCGUGGCGGGAUACCCC